CACAGCGCUUGUGUAUAAACCCCAGGGGGACGUGAGAGUCUAACAAAAACAUGGGGGCGAUUACUGUACCUUGGGGCUGAUUAACCAUGUUUAGGAACAGUUUUCCUGUGUGACGUCACAAUUGUAUAAAUACAAGUAAAAAAAUGCUUCCUUAUCAAAAUAUCUCCAUAAAUAUGUUCAUAUAUUCUGUAUCUGAUUCUCUGUUAUAAUGCAUGGAUACUUCUUCUUUAUUCCGUUUACACAUUCUGUUGUUAAAUAUUAUUCAAAGUUUCUUAUUCACAAAAUUUUAUGUUUUGCUACUUUCAAAAUAUUCCAAUAUCUCAUUCUGUCUCACUUUCAGCUCCUUUAAUAACUCGAUACUCAGAUGCUCAAAAUGCACACCAUUCAGACCAAAGAAAUCCAACUCCCUUUACUGAAAGAGAGCUUUUUCCGAAGCACUUUCAAAGAUGGGAGAUAUUACCGUCUGGCAGGCCCAGGCGAGACCCAGCAUCAGUGGGAAGAAUCAACCGAGAAGCAGGAAGUCUGCCUGGAGCGAGUCCCAGCACGACGCUCUGCCAGUACCACAUUAUGCAGUGCGGCCGAGCUGGCAGACAGAGCAGAGCCAGAGGCGCUGUCCACUACUUUUGCAUCAGCAGCUGUCUCAUCACCAGAAAGCACCGGAAAGCCUGGGUUGCGGAGCGGGGUUGCGCUCAGGGCCAGAGCGCACAGUGCCGUCGAGCAGCAUGAGCUCAUCGCUAAGGGAGUGCUUCUGCUGAAAAACAUGGGGAGCCAGAAUGGGAAGUGGAAAAGAUCCACAGGAGACACAGAUCGCAGGACUGAUGGCAAUGAUAGAGGAGCGGAGGGCGAGGAUACAGAAAGGGCAAAAAAAGCAUCUCAGAGCAGGAAAUCACAGAAGAAGAAUGAGAAAGCCAAGCCGGAUUCUAAGCCCUCGGUGUUUUCAAGCAUCCACAAAGGUAAGAGUCGGGCCAAGGCUAAAGAUCCCUCAGGGGCAUCAAAGGAAGAUACUCUAUACACCCGAGCUGGCCAUGAUAAAAAUCUGACAAUCAAGACAGAAACACCUAACAUCGGCGUUUCUGCAGAUGAACUGGGACUGUCAGAUGCAGAAGAGGAGCAUUUUCACUCCACCGCCGAGAGCCGCAAGUCAGCUCUGGAGACCCGGGAUGAGCAGAUAGCAAGUUCUGGCUCCGAGACUGAUAUCAACAGUUUCCACUCAGCUGCUGAGCCAGAGAAUUUGCUGUCAAACGUCCAGCAGGUGAUUCCGCCACAGCAAGGGGACAUUAACUCAGCAACUGAAGACAAACCCCUGCCCCAAACUGAACUCCAAGUAACUGAGCAGCUGUUAGUGCUGGAGGAGAACUUUAGCCAAGAGGAAUACCCAGCAAAGGAUACCAAUCAUUCACUGGCCAACACCAGUCAGGAAUACAAAUCAAUUAGCCCUGAAGAAGACCUAAAUCAGAAGUUGAACAAAUCAGAUAUUAAACUUAAUUUUGGCUCCGGGACAGAGGAACAUGAACUGUUGAACUGUCAGCUCCCAAUGGUACAGAUUGACAGUGGAUCUAAAAAUAGAAUUACCACAACAGUCAGUGAAAACAAUCUCAAAACGUCUUCUGAACGUCUGGAAGAGCCAUCAGAGAAUGAUAACGAAAUUAUUUCAGAAUCAAUGGAAUCUAUCAACAAUACGGGCCUGGAUGAUUCAGCAAAUAGGAGAGGAAGCAGACAAUUUAUCUGUAGUGGACCCAUGCGGAAUUAUCAGAAGAGGUCUUCUUUACCAUUUGUGUCCGUGUCAUCUAUCAAGACAUAUCCUCCCAUUCACCUGUCCUAUGUAAAGACCACAACUAGGCAACUGACCUCAUUAAAUCAGUCAGCUGCACCUUCUUCAUUCCACAGUCCCAUAACUAACCAGCAGGUGGAGCUCUACCAGCAGACAGAGAAGCAAAGGGCCAAGACGCGAAGGUCUUGCAGCAUAGCUGGCCUAAUUGGUUACUCCAUAGACUGGACUGAGAAGCUGAACAAGAACCAACCAAGGAAAGCUGACUUCGCUGACUACCCAAGCUAUGGAAAGUCUGAGGGCAGGCCCCGACAAGGAAGCCAGCUACUUGGAGAAAAUUCACCCUGUGUGCACUCCUCCCCUUGCAGUUUUCAUCAUGUCUUCUCUGGCUACACCCUGCUGGAGAAGUUCUUUACAGUCAGUGGAGAUGAUCCAACUGAGGAAGCAGAGGAUUUCUGCUCACAGCUCCUAGCUAAGGGACUCCUGCUGCCCUUCACUGACCUCUGUGACGAGAAUGGAGAAGGCACCAACUCCUCCAUCAAGCCCAAGUUCAAUAAAGACCAGUUGUACCGCUGGGCAGCUGUUAGCCAGCCUUCCCUCUGCUGUGAGCCCCCUGAAGGACGCAUUCAGGGUCUAUGUUCCCCAUCUACAGGAGAAGGACCAAGGAGGGGGCUAGCAGGGAAGCCCCCCAAAACAGGCCAUGAGGUGAUGCCGUCUGGAACGGGGAGGCUGCAGGAUGAUGUGAAACAUGAGCUGCAGGAGAAAAUCUUUAUAAUGAAAGAAGAGCAUGCGAGUGUGAUUCAGCAGCUACUGAAGACUAUUAAGAACCUGAGGACCAAAAUAGCCGAGCUAGAAAGAAACAAUGACUCUCAGUGCAAAGAGUUUGUUAAUAAUGCAACAAAAUUGAAUGAUGUCUCUGAUGCAGUUCAACUGACUGAGGACAGGAGCUCUGAGGGCAAAUCAGUGCAGACAUCACCAGAAGUAGAUAGCUUUAAAUUCAGAACGUCUGCAUUAGUUGACGUGUCCUCCUCCCUGUCACUGGUCACUCCUCCACAGGAUUACUCACCUCUCCAGUCAGGGCAAGGAUUUGUCUGUAGAUGCAGGGAGAAGCAAACUGGGGUUCAGCCACUGACACCUUUGCCACUACCUCCUGUCGUCAAAUCACAACCACUACCUCCUCCUCAACCUCCUUUGCCAGAAGUAUUUAUGCCCUCAUCUCCUCCUAUAGCACUCCUGGGCCAUGGACCUCACUCUCCCUCACCCCCUCCCCUACCAGGCUCAGGCCUUCCACUGCCACCUCCACUGACUGGCAUGGGACCUCUGUCAUCACCUGUCGUUUCUGUCACAGAUCCCCCCUCACCUCCUGGAAGUGGCUCUUCACCCCCACCACCACUACCUGAAGCAGACCUUCAACCCUCAUCUCCACCUCAUGUACCACUAUCUGGAAUGGAACUCCAACCCCUGCCACUAUUUGCUGUAAUGGGAUCUCCACCCCCACCGCCACUUCCUGAUGUGGGACCUCUACUCUCAAACUCACUUUCUGGAGUGGGACCUCCACCCCCACCACCACUUCCUGAUGUGGGACCUCCACCCCCACCCCCACUUCCUGGUGUGGGACCUCUACUCUCAAACUCACUUCCUGGAGUGGGACCUCCACCCCCACCACCACUUCCUGGUGUAGGACCUCUACUCUCAAACUCACUUCCUGGAGUGGGACCUCCACCCCCACUUCCUGGUGUAGGACCUCUACUCUCAAACUCACUUCCUGGUGUAGGACCUCCACCUCCACUUCCUGGUGUAGGACCUCCACCCCCACCGCCACUUCCUGGUGUAGGACCUCCACCUCCACUUCCUGGUGUAGGACCUCCACCUCCACCGCCACUUCCUGGUGUAGGACCUCCACCCCCACCGCCACUUCCUGGUGUAGGACCUCCACCCCCACCGCCACUUCCUGGCAUGAAACAACCACCACCACUUCAACCAGAUCAUGGUGGCCUUGGUUCUCUUCCACCUCCUUUGCCAAAGGACUGUGUCCCUGGACUGGCACAAGAAAAAGCAGUGAUUGAACCACCACGUCCCAUGAAACCCUUAUACUGGAGCAGGAUACAACUGCAUGCUAAAAGACAAUCGAAUGGAUCAUUGGUGUGGGAGAAUAUAGAGGAGCCAUCAGUGGACUUUGAUGAAUUUGUCGAUCUAUUUUCAAAAUCUGCUGUGAAAGAAAAGAAAAAGCCACUGUCAGAUACGAUCACUAAAUCAAAAUCUAAACAGGUGGUGAAAUUACUGAAUAAUAAGCGUUCUCAAGCGGUGGGCAUUCUGAUGUCUAGCCUUCACCUGGACAUGAAGGACAUCCGUCAUGCUGUCCUGAAUCUGGACAACGCUGUGGUAGACCUGGAAACUCUGCAAGCCCUCUAUGAAAAUAAAGCCCAAAAAGAAGAAAUAGAUACAAUUGAAAAACACAUUAUAUCAACAAGUGGAGUAGAGAAUGCGAAGCCUCUCGACAAACCUGAACAAUUCUUGUUCCAUCUUUCACAAAUUCCCAACUUCUCUGAAAGGGUAUUUUGCAUUCUCCUUCAGUCAACGUUUUCAGAAUGUAUAUCCUCUGUGCUUCGGAAGCUUGAAGUUCUACAGAGAGCUUGUAUAACUCUCAAGAGCAACGUGGCUAUACGCCAAAUUUUAGGCUUGGUGUUGGCAUUCGGCAACUUCAUGAAUGGUGGGAAUAGGACAAGAGGACAAGCAGAUGGCUUUGCCUUGGACAUUCUUCCAAAGCUGAAAGACGUGAAGAGCAGCGACAACUCACAGAGUCUUCUGUGUUACAUUGUUGCCUAUUAUUUGAGACAUUUUGAUGAGGACAUAGGACGGGAGACCUCCCCUUCCCCUCUCCCAGAACCACAGGACCUUUUCUGUGCCUCACAGAUGAAGUUUGAAGACUUUCAAACAGACCUGCGAAAGUUAAGGAAAGAUCUCAAUGCCUGUACAUCAGAGGUGGAGAAGGUUUGUCAUGAAUCCUCCGUGGACCAUCUGCAGCCUUUCAAGGACAAAAUGGAAAAUUUCCUCAGUCAGGCAAAAGUUGAGCUGGAGGCUCAGGAAAUGAAGCUGCAUGAAACUCAGAAAAUCUUCUUCGAGUUAACCGCUUUCUUCUCUGUCAAACCUAAGAUGGGAGAGAAAGAGGUUUCACCCAACACAUUUUUCUCAAUAUGGCAUGAAUUUUCUACCGAUUUCAAAGACUUGUGGAAAAAAGAGAACAAGGUCAUUUUACAAGAAAGAUUGAAAGCAGCAGAGGAAUGCUUCAAGCAAGCCAGAGAAAAAGCUUCUUACAGUGUCAAACCCAAGCAUGGAUCUGGAAUCAAAGCAAAACUGAACAUGAUGAUCUGAGUGCCGAUAACUGUGGUUGGUGCCUUGUGUCCACUGGAUAUGCUGCUUAUUGGUGAAACAGUGCAACAUCUGAACACAACUGAUAAAAUUCAGUUAGAAAUUUGACUACACAGUGAAUUACAUAACACACAUAAGCCAUUUUAUUCAGAACAAAACCAACUGCCUGCUUUGAACUCUUUCUUUUUUCUUUAAUUUAUACUUAUGUCUUUCCUCAAUACUAGUUCAUAUAUAUAUAUAUAUAUAUAUAUAUAUAUAUAUAU